AUGAGUCCGCUUCCUCCUGAUCCAUACAAGAUUCUCGGCGUCCCAAAAGAUGCACCUAUCACGGAAAUUCGGUCCGCCCAUCGGAAGCUCGUCUUGAAGUGUCACCCCGACAAGAUUCAGGACCCGGCCUUGAAGGCUCAAAAGCAGGCCGAGUUUCAAAGUGUACAGCAGGCCUACGAGCUACUCAGCGACGAUCUCGAACGCCAAAAAUACGACGAAAAGGUCAAACUGGAAGAUUUGAGGAAGCAGUUUCAGAACAAGGCCAACAUUUCCACCCCGCGCUCGGCUCCGAGAUAUUCCGGCCAAGAUGAGGCUCGCGGAGCCGAAUCUCGCGCCUCCCCGUUCAAGGCCGGUGCAUCGCCUCCAACUGCCAGCUACGCCUACAAUCGCUUUUCGGACGAAGAUUUACAUCGUGGAGCCCGCGUUUUUGAAGCCACUCCCCGGUCAUCUCGCCGGGAAACCGGCUAUACAGAAAAAGCAUCGAAACGGGAAGGCGAAAGAGACAGGGAAAGGGACAGAGAAAGAGAAAGAGAUCGCGAUCGCGAUCGCGAACGUGAACGUGAACGUGAACGGGAACGGGACCGCGAUCGUGACGCACGAGACAGAGAGAGGGAAAGAGAAAAGGACAAGGAAAGGGAGCGAGAGCGCCGAAGGCGGGAGGAAGCUGUCAAGCGUGCCGAAAAGGAAGCCAAAGAGGCUCGUCGGGCGGAGAAGAGGGCGCGAGAGAAGCAGCGCGACAAGGAUAUCAAGCGAGAAGCCGACGAGAAGAAGCGUUAUGCCAAGCCCUAUAUCGAACCCUACGACGACGAACACGCGCCCCCCAAGUCGGAAAAGAAAAAGUCUAGCAGCAGCAAGAAGCAUGACGAGAAGAGAGACCGUUCAUCCGGCAGGGAAGAAACCCCGGCGCCCGUUCCAGCACCUCCUCCCCCGCCAAUGCCCCAGAGAUCCUACACCAGCAACCUCGACUACGCCACGUCUUACAUCCAAGCUUCAAAGGCCAAGGUCAGCACAGUGCCGGGUCUGCAACGCUCGCCUACUUACCAUGUCCGAACGGUUCAACCACCGGCUCCGACGCCCCCUCCUGGACCCAGCGGGCCGUUUGCCGUGCCCGACGAUGACGAGGCUCGCCGCUCGUCAGCAAAGCCGCGCCGAGGGUCUGGAGAUGGCCCGAGACUCUCAAGAGAGCGUUCGUACCGCGGCUCAUCGCGUGAAGCUCUGGACGACCCUCCGAUAGUCAGCGCUUCGCCUUCGGGUCGCCACCCUGCUCAAUUUCCCAAACAGGGCUCCGCAGCAUCGGCCAUGUCUGCGUCGCCUCCAAGACCUGAUCUGACGCGCAACAAGACGAUGCCUGCAGAAGCCGGCAUCUACUCCCGCUCGCCAGCUGGGAUCUCGAGAUCCCAGACCUUCAACGCUUUUGGCGAAACGGCGGAGCACCCUCAAGGCCGGAGCCGGUCCCGCCUGCAACCGCAGGUGGAGCUGGAGUCUGAUUCCGAGGACCUUUACGAGCGUCGACGAGAUAGGAAGCAUCGGAGCAGCAGGCGACACCACUCACCAGAGCCAAUGAGAACCGAGAAUGUGUCACGUUAUCAGGUUGACGGGAGUCGCAGCAGGCUUCACAGCUCAUACACGCGUCGUGUCGAUCCUGAGCUGGUCGAGCCGUACACUUACUAUGUGCAUCCUCAGGAUGCUCGCCCAUCAAUGCCAGUUCGCGAAGCCAGUUACACUGCCGCGACUGCGACAGCAAAGUUCCCCAAGGUCAAAACGUCCAAGGCCUACGGGUAUGACGACGUCCAAUACAGUUAUUAUGAUAAACCGCCACGCGAAGAGUACGUGGCAUAUGCAUGA